ACCUCUUAUUUACCUUUCGCCGCUUAGUCUUAUCGCCCCUUUUUUUGGUGCUACGCCGCCUUGCGCUUGGCUUGGCUCCUGCGCCAAAUAUUUAUAGCAUUUCCGGCCAGGUUCCUAUCCACCCCCGUACAAGCAGCCACAUUUGUCGGCCAACUGUUCCAACCUCACUCCCCACGAAUACCCCGAGACUCAAUGCGAAUAGCUAGGGGAUAGCUACUCUGUUAAUAAUCGCCACGAGUCGAUCAUCACGAACACCCCUCGGUGACGGUUCUCUCAGAGAGCCUCGUUGUUCGAAUGAACCCAAUAUGGCACAGUAAGAGGGUGCAGCGCAGCGCCUUCUUUAUUUUCAUUUUCAUUGCUGCGAUUGCGCUUUUCGCCUAUGGCGGCGACAACUUGCCCUCAGCGUCGGGGGUGUUCCGGUCUGGUUCUCUCAGUAAAGGCGAAAAGGAACAAAAAGCAAACGAGCCAUUGGGGCCAAAUGUAGAACCUCUAUACUCCGGGUCCGAAUACGACACCGAGCAUAUGCCCAAGAUCCCCGAGACACCACACACUGGACAAGGAGCAGCAACAGUCGCACCGGGACUCGACCCCAAGCGCAUUGCGUUGAUCAUCGAGACGCGCCCCACCAACGUGCUCCCCCCGCUCCUCACCCACUUCAUCGCAACUCUCCCACCCGCCUGGGUCGUCAAGCUGGUUGGGUCGCAAGAAGCCUUCGCAGUGGUGCACAAGUCGUAUUCCCUAAAGCAACACAUCGCAUCGAAGAAGCUCCAGCUUCAAGAACUACCCUCAUACUACCCCGUCGACUCGUCUGAGAGCAUCUCCCAGACACUCACAAAUGUCACAUUCUACUCCGAAUUCCUCGCUCCGGCGGAAUGGGCCCUCUUCUUCCAGACCGACUCGAUUAUCUGCUCCGCCUCCGAGCAGAACAUCGACGACUGGGUGGCAAAGGGCUACGACUGGACCGGCGCGCCGUGGAACGGAGAUGUCCCCGGCGGCAACGGCGGGCUCUCCCUCCGCCACAUCCCCCCUAUCAUCGAAGUCCUCAAGAAAGACUCCCGCGAACCAGGACAUCGGCAAUGGGAGGAUACAUGGGUGUGCGAGCGCCUGAAGAACGCCGCUCCAGCCCAGGAGGAGAAAUACUUUAGCGUCGAGUCCCUGUACGUCGAGAGACCCCUGGGAUACCACAUCCGCGGCUCCGGUAAACUCCAAGACCCUAUAGUCUGGGGCAAUGCGACUCGCAGGCGCCAGAUCUUCGAUUACUGCCCCGAGACGAAGAUUCUCCUCGGCAACAUGAAAAUGAUGUCUAUGGACGACGCAGCUGAUCUUAAGAAGGAACAAGCAGCCGACGCAGAGAAAGCAAGAAAGGAUGCAGAGGAUGCCAAAAAGGAAGCAGAGAAGCCGAAGACCGAGGAGAAGGCAAAUACCGAGGAGAAGCCAAAGACCGAGGAGACGCCCAAGGCCGACGACGCAGCAGCUGCGUCGGUGAAGGAUAAGAAGAUCGCAACAGACGAUAAGAAGCCGGCGACAGAGGGAGAGAAGAAGUCUUCUAGCACCACCACAGCGGCUGCGAGCACGUCCUCCGCAAAGGCGAAGGAGACGACGAGCCAGACCUCUGCAGCGAAUCCUGCGAAGACGAGUGGCUCGACUGAUUACGCCGACUCGUAGAUGACACUGGUUGGUGUUGUAUGUGGGUGUAUUAGUAGGGAGCUUGCUUUUUAGGUGUCGGAGGGGCUGGGGGUCUGUGUUAGUAUAGUGGGAAGUAUGUGUAUAUCAGAAGGAUAUUUGGGACGAUUAUCUCUAUAGUCUUGAUAGCGAAUUAGCAUGAUUACAACGCCUGAAGCUCUGGGACUGAGUAUCGUUCCUUUUGGUAGUGGUGAUUAUGGCCUAUGUGAUAACACAUGUUGGUCUAAAGCUUGAAGAGGAACUAUCCUAAUCUGCUACUUCGCCACAAUUAUCAACUAUCCCCGUACAAUAUACAACAUACGGCCAAUGAAGGC